ACGCGCGAUGAGGUCGCAUGGACGUAUGUGAUUGCGUAUUCAUCCACCGUCAUUGGCUGUCUCUGGGUCGUUUUGCUGCCCAGUCAAAAGGAAGCGGUCCUAGAGCUCAAGCAGCACGGCGGAAGCUACCCGAACGUCGCCGCUGGCAUCUUUUACGCCUUCUUCGUCAUCCUCGCGACGUCCAUCACGGGGACGAUGUCAUCCAUGUUUGAGUCGACCAAUUGCCUCAAGCUAGCGGGUGGCAGCGGUUGUCCGGACGAGACGUCGCAGCUCUACUUGCUCGGCAUCUUUGUGCCCGCGGGUCUCGCAUUGCUUGGCAUUCUGUAUAUGAAAUGGGCGUGA